AUGGCGGACGAAGCUCAAGCUGGGUCGUCCCCAACUCAGUCAGACGUCAGCAAGGAAGAUGUGGCAGCCAAACCGGCAGUCAAGUGGACAAAGUAUCUCGGCCUGAGGGGCAAGGACUCGGAGCGGCUGGAGGAGAGAUGGGCGCAUAGGGAGAAAUGGUCGAUGGGGAUACUCUCCGACAAGGAGACCGAGGAGGUGCCAGGUACCAUUUUACUGCUCGCUGCAAAGCGAAAUGAACCUCUCGGCCUUAGACAGGCUCCCGCUCGAACAUCUGCAACAUCCUUGCCCUCCCCAUACCCUCCCUCCAGGGCCUCGUCACAGGGUCCAGCAACCCAGUCGAAGCGGACGCCAGACGGGAAUAUAGUGCUAGAUCCGCAGCCGGAAGAAUCCAUGAACGACCCGCUCAACUGGCCUGUCUGGCGUCGAGACCUGGCCCUGCUCUGUCUGGGCUUCUACUGCAUGCUCGGAGGCGGUAUGACUCCUAUCCUGGCAGCUGCAUAUAACGAGGUCUCCGUAGAAUACGGUAUUUCAUUCCAUAAAGUCGCUCUAACCACGGGGCUAUACAUGUUGGGUCUUGGUCUGGGUUCGGUGGUCAUGUCCCCCACUGCCAUCUUAUACGGCAAGAGGCCGGUAUAUAUCGCUGGUGCUACGAUGUUUAUCCUCUCGGCCGUUUGGUGUGCUCUUUCUCCUACUUAUAUCAGUCUUGUCAUUGCUCGCAUCUUCCAGGGGUUGGCGGUUAGUCCGGUCGAGUGUCUGCCCUCUGCUACCAUUGCAGAGAUUUAUUUCUUGCAUGAGCGUGCCUAUCGAGUGGGUAUAUAUACCUUGUUGCUUUUGGGCGGGAAGAACUUGAUUCCCCUUGUUAGUGCGGCUAUCACGAAUAGCCUAGGAUGGCGUUGGAUUUUCUGGAUUGUUGCCAUAACUACUGGCUUUGGCGCGAUUCUAGUGUUCUUUUUCGUCCCAGAGACGUUCUGGGAUAGGACUCCACGGCUUCGCACCAAGAGGCCUAACAUGCGCAGAAGCGUGUCUGACCUUGUGCACGGUAGAAGGGGCCGGUCCUCGCAGCCAGUUACUCCCGCCGCCGACGAGCCUGAUAGGCAGCUUGGAGCCCCGCCUGCUGCUCUCAAGAAGCAAAAGGACGUCCACGUUGGAUUUGCCGAUGCCGAGAAAGCUGAGGCUGAAAAGGAAGCCAACCCAGCAGACUAUGAAAACGAUACUAUCCAACCUCAAAUCCCGAUAGUAGUGACCGAUCCCGAGGCCCAGCGGUCUAUUCCCGUGUCCAGAGACCAGUCCGCAGACCCUACUGCCGGAUUAUCACAGCAGCAAAUCUACACCAGUAACCUCCGCGCCAAACCACCAGUCAGCUUCGUCCAAUCUCUAAAGCCAUGGAACGGCAGAAUAGCCAAAGAUAACUGGUUCCGCGUCAUGGUUCGCCCGUUCAUUCUAUUCGCCUACCCUGCCGUCCUCUGGUCAUCCAUGGUCUACGCCCUCUCCGUCGGCUGGCUGAUCGUCCUCUCUGAAUCCGUGGCUGAAGUCUACGCAAAUCGCGACGCUUACAACUUCACUCCCCUGCAGGUUGGACUCGUGUAUAUAUCCCCCUUUGUUGCAGGUAUUCUUGGAACAAUCGUUGCAGGCAGAGUCUCCGAUAUCAUUGUUCGAUUCAUGUCUCGUCGGAAUGGUGGUGUUUAUGAGCCCGAGUUUCGUCUCGUGAUGGCCAUCCCUAUCACUCUGGCUACUACUAUCGGCCUGAUGGGUUUUGGAUGGAGCGCUCAGGAGAGGGAUAACUGGAUCGUGCCAACUGUAUUCUUCGGAGUCCUCUCCUUUGGCUGUACGCUUGGAAGUACCACGGCCAUCACCUUCUGUGUCGAUAGUUACCGUCAAUAUGCCGGUGAGGCCUUGGUGACCUUGAACUUCAGCAAGAAUGUUCUUCACGGCUUCAUAUUCUCUCUCUUCUUCGUUCAAUGGCUCCAAGCAGAUGGUGCCAAAAUGGUGUUCAUUGCAUUGGGCGGUAUUCAUCUUGCGCUCAUGCUCUUCUCAAUCCCCAUGUACAUUUACGGCAAACGUGCCCGUAUGUGGACUGUUAGAAAACGUCUAAUGGAGAAGUUUUAG